CAUAGGGAUCGCAUCUCUUCAAAUGGCUGAAAGCAAAUCUCAAAUAACUGAGACUCGAUCAGUUAUUUCAAGAAAGUCACAGUCCACCGUCAGCUCCAGAGCUAGUAUGGAACUGUUAAGAGCUAAAGCGAAAGCUGAAGGAGCUCAAGCCAGAGCCACAUACGCUCUGAAAGAAAUACAGAUUAAAGUGGAGCAAGCCCGCCUUCAAGCCACUCUCGAUGCACUUCAAGCUGAGAAAGAGAAGGAAGCUGCUAUUGCAGAGGCUAAUUCACUAGAAGCUGGACUGAUUCAACUGGGUUUAGAGACACGCAGCGAAGCCGACAUCUCAUUAAGAGAAAGCCAAGAACGACGCACUGCUCAAUACGUCCUAGAACAAACACCCAUCAACAAAAUGGAGAUGCCUUCACAACCAAAAGUUGAAGAUAUCACCCCAACACACCCUCAUGAAUGUGUCAUCAGACAGCAAGAUAACAUAUCAAAAGACACCUCCUCAGAUGACACAAAAAACUUUCUUCAACCUCCUAGGAACAUGACGGCAUCUCAAUUUGCUCCCUUGAAUUCAACACAUUACACCGCCACUCCGGUAGGUGGCAUCUGUGUACCAACUCAACCUACUUAUGACCUUGCCAAAUACCUAGCUCGCAGUCAGCUAAUAACUUCCGGCCUUACAAAUUUUGAUGACCAACCUAUGAACUACUGGGCAUGGAAAUCAUCCUUCAAAGGUGCCAUUGUAGGUCUCGAGCUGUCUGCAGGAGAAGAGCUUGAUUUACUCAUACGCUACCUGGGUAAGAAUUCCAGCAAACAAGCCAAACAAAUAAAGGCUGCUAAUAUCAGGAGCCCUGCAGCAGGUUUAAUGAUGGCUUGGGAAAGGCUUGAGGAAAUCUAUGGCUCUCCAGAAGCCAUAGAGCAGGCGCUUUUCAAAAAGGUGGAAAGUUUUCCCAAGAACACAGCCAGAGAAACCCUCAAACUGCGUGACCUAGCUGAUCUGUUGCUAGAGCUAGAAACUGCCAAGACGGAUGGCUUUUUACCUGGCCUGUCCUAUUUGGACACAUCAAGAGGAAUUCAACCAAUAGUUGAAAAAACUACCUCACAAUAUUCAAGAGAAGUGGAUGUCUUAUGGUUCAAAAUACAAACGUGAGUACAAUGUGGGUUUCCCCCCUUUCAAAGUUUUCACAGACUUUAUUCGCACUGAAGCUAAAACCCGUACAGACCCAAGCUUUAUCAUGUACAGUUCUAAUCAUUCAGGCAUAACAGAUAGAAAACAAGGACAAGAAAGGUUUUCUAAAGCACCUAUAUCUGUCCACAAAACACAGAUAUCAACUGUUAACAAGGUGGAUACAGAUGAGAAAAAAGCCUCAACAAGUCCAAAUAAACUGUGCCCAAUUCAUAACAAACCCCAUCCUCUUCAAAGGUGCAGAGGAUUCAGGGAGAAACCCUUAGAGGAUCGCAAACAGUUUCUCAAGAAAUUCAACAUCUGCUUUCGAUGUUGUGACUCUACUGACCAUCUUGCAAAAAACUGCACUGUCGAAACCAUCUGUACUGAGUGUGAUAGCUUUAGUCACAUUUCCGCCCUCCACCCAGGUCCAGCACCAUGGGCGUCUAAGUCGUUGUCUCCCCAGUUACAGCAGGGCGGGGAGAAUGACAAAACAGACACCCAAGAAGUCACCUCCAGGUGUACAGAGGUGUGUGGAGAAGGAGUGAGUGCCAGAGAAUGUUCAAAAAUAAUACUUGUGAAUGUUCAUCCAGCUGGACAAAGAGGUCAGUCUAAAAAAAUGUACGCAAUUUUAGAUGAACAGAGCAACCGCUCACUAGCACGUUCCCAGUUCUUUGAUCUUUUCCAGAUUAAAGGGCCAAAUCAUCACUACACAUUAAAAACAUGUGCUGGGCUCACAGACGUGAUGGGCAGAAGAGCUUCAGACUUCAUUGUGGAGUCAGUAGAUGAGAAGAUAAGUCUUCCUUUACCUACACUCCUUGAAUGCAAUGAAAUUCCUAAUAACCGCUUUGAGAUACCUACUCCAGAAGCUGCUCGUCACCACACUCAUCUGGAACGUAUUGCCAGUAUGAUUCCACCUCUUGAUCCAAACGCUGACAUAACACUUUUGUUAGGCAGAGAUGUGCUGAGAGUACACAAGGUCAGAGAACAAAUAAAUGGCCCAAACGACUCUCCAUUCGCACAAAGACUAGAUCUAGGUUGGGUGAUCGUUGGCGACGUCUGUCUUGGAGGAGCACACAAGCCUGAAGGUGUGAACAGCUACAAAACAUACAUCUUAGAUAACAGUCGCUCAAGUUAUCUCCAGCCUUGUGACAGCCAAAUCAA